AAAUGGUUUCGAAAACCUCUCUUGGGACAAGAUGAAAUAUUUUACUCUGUCGUCAGUGGCGACAAUUAAGGAAAAUUCUACUGUUCCGGCUGGGUAUGAUAACUUAGGCUUGUCCCUAUGCGGCAAUGGAGGGAAGUGGCAACGGUCAGACAGACAGUGGAGCAGCUUAAAGGAAAUUCCUUCUCGAGGAUAGGAAUACUAUUCGCAAGAACAUACGGCAAUCAACCCAUCGGCUUUCCCUCCGACGAAGCAAUCUCAACAUCUUCUUCCCGCUUUGCUUGCUGUACCCAUUUCCAAACCCUAAUUGUUUCUUCCUUCUCCACCCACAUUUCGAGCUGAUUCCCUCACUCCACCAGCUCAAUCAUCCGAUCGGCAGCUUUCGGUCUAUUAGCUUCCCUCUGCGGUCUCCUAAUCUGUCCAAGAUGGGGCAGUUCGAGCUUCCGAUUGAAUCUUCUUUCUCAGCGAUGGAUGUUGAUGGUGGCGGCAUCUCAACAGCCUCUUCCUUGUCCAGUUCAGUACCACCACCUUCAAGGCGCAAAAAGGCUUUAUAUCAGUUUACACAGCAAAGUCUCCCAGCUUGUAAACCUGUCCUAACACCUGCAUGGGUCAUCUCCACUUUUUUGGUGUUGGGUGUAGCUUUUAUUCCUGUUGGAAUUGUUAGUUUGCAUGCUUCAAACAGUGUUGUUGAAAUUGUGGAGCGAUAUGACGCUGAAUGUGUACCAGAUGCAUAUAAGAGCAAUAAGGUGGCAUAUAUAAAAAAUGGCUCAAUUUCCAAGAAUUGUACUAAGUUACUAAAGGUGGAUAAGCUUAUGAAAGCUCCCAUAUACAUCUAUUAUCAGCUUGAUAAUUAUUACCAAAACCACCGGCGCUAUGUCAAGAGUAGAAGUGAUAAACAGUUAUUAGAUGGACUCCAAAACAAUGAUACGAGUUCCUGUAAACCUGAAGAAUCCAAUGGUGGUCUCCCAGUCGUUCCUUGCGGACUGGUUGCUUGGAGUUUAUUCAACGAUUCUUACAUAUUUACUCGUGGUGCGGUUCCAUUAAAGGUCAAUCGAAAGAAUAUUGCGUGGAAGAGCGAUCGUGAUCACAAAUUUGGGAAGCGAGUAUAUCCCUUCAAUUUCCAGAAUGGAAGCUUGAUUGGCGGUGGAAAGUUGGAUCCACAUAUCCCCCUGAGUGAUCAAGAGGAUCUUAUCGUGUGGAUGAGAACUGCUGCUCUCCCUAGCUUCCGCAAGCUGUACGGGCGAAUUGAAGAGGAUUUGCAUCCAAGUGAUUUGAUAACAGUAAAUUUAACCAACAAUUAUAAUACAUACAGUUUUGGUGGAGCAAAGAAGCUCGUUCUCUCGACAUCGAGCUGGUUAGGUGGAAAGAAUGACUUCCUCGGUGUUUUCUACAUAUUUGUCGGUUCUUCAUGUAUAUUCAUCUCUUUAGUCUUCUUAUUACUUCAUUUGAAGGACUCAAGGCCUUGUGGGGACGCAACCUUCUCAUACUGGAAUAGGAAGAAUGUUUCCCUUUGAGAGAGGGCGAUGCUUAUCCUUCCAAAUUGCAAAGCGAUUUUGUUCAAUCAUCACUCGGUUUGUCUAAAAUUGGUGAAAUGCAUCACAUAUGUAUUGAUAGAGAUAACUGCCUCUCGAUUGUUGGCUGUUCUCUGUAAUUCAGCAACUCACAGAGGUUCAUGUCAAAUCACGUCCCCGGUGUUGGCAUCGUCGGGCAGUGAAUUGGUUUUAAGUGCGGCCUUGUUGGACAUAAAUUAAGUAUAUGAGGAGAGUUUGUACAACUACUUUUCUUGAUAGAAAUCUUCUGCGUGAUUUCAUGAUAUUGUGUACGCACAUUUAUAUAUACCGAAUCAAUUCAUUAUUCUGAUUGAUACUGCA